AAACAACCAGGAUCCGAAUGGCGCAUAAUUGUCUUUACAAUUGGGGUCGAUUCCCGCUGUCGCUCCCGGUAUACUGAUACACCUCACGUCGCGAAGCUCAACGGCAACACCACGCUGCCUGAACACCUAACACGCCUGAGACUCGCCUACGCCUCAGCCCUCUAUAGCACUUGCGCAAUAUCUAUCCACUCUGCUCAUCGGUGCCUGUCUUCAACCACGCCUUACCGCUUUGAGCCUCUACUGAACCGCCGUUGCACCCGACGCAUUGCCUAUAACAAACUCCGCCCUGCCCCUCCGUCCCACGUCCGCUGCUCAUCUGUCAACGAGGCUACUGGUAGUCGAAGGGACAUUUCUGCUUACUUUCUUUCUUUGUUUCUCUCCCCCUUCUUUUCGCUUCUUAUCAUUUAACUUUCUUUCUCAAACGACCGCGGGCUCGGUUUACUGCUCGUAUCCCUUCUUUAUAAUUUCUGCACAAUGGGCAAGUUAAUCAAGAACCACUGGGCGCGUCUCGUCAUCCUCACCGCUGCUGCCUACCAAAUAGCCGCUGGAUUCCACUGCUUCUUCUGGCCCAAGAUCUUCUGGGAUUUCCUCACCAAGAAUCUCGAUGGGGCUAUCAAGCCCAUUCCCGUCCUGCAAGUCCUCAAUGUAGUUCUCGGUGUUAUUGGUCUCGCCUGGGAAUGGCCCCUACCGUUGCUCGCUGGUACGGGCCUGCAUCGUUCAAUCGAAGCACGCCUCAUCGUCUACCCGAUCAGCGCCCUGUGUGCUCUCCUCAUCUACCAAGGCACAAACUCUGGCCUGUACUACAUUGUCGGCAUGUUUGCUUACUUUUGGGCAUACAGCGAAGGCGAGAUUGUCUGUCCCGAACCAUGGACCCUACCUAAGCGCGGCUCUACUGCGCGUAAAAUAGGCGUAUAGUUUGUCCACAGUACACAGACAGAAUAAUCUCAGCACAUACAACCCCCAAUUUCGCUUCAUCACACCCAUUUCAACCCGGGAUUUAUGAAUCAUGUACCCAUUGUCCAUGUAGACGACUGUACCUUUUUCCGCAUUUUUGCAACCCGACAUCUCUGGCAGACACUCUUGAUUUAGCGACUAAACUAUAUUUUUUUUCUCAUCUCCCCGCCGGCCGCAGAAAGCCGCAGCGUGGGAAAGGCAAAUCCGGCGCAUUCUUAUCAUACCAAAUAUCGCGUGUUACUUUUUUUUGUUGCGAGGGAGAAAGGCAUAUAGCAUGCGCGAAUGAUUUCUCCAUAGUCAUCGUCAUGACGAUCAUGUAUUCAAGUCAAGCAUUCAACCCCCCGUUUUUUUGCGGGAGGGCCUCCAUUCUGAAUUCCUUCUCGCGAUCUACACAAUCAAGUUUUUUUUAAAAAAAAAUACAAGAG